GAGUAGGGAGUCAGAAAGUCAAAGUAUAUUUUAAUAACGGGCAUUUUAUCUGUAUAUACAAAUGCUAUAUAAGUUUAUUGGUUUACUACGUUUCUACGUUUUAUAUAGCUCUCAAAGUCGCUGUUCGUAAACGUAGAACUUGCUAUAAAAACACGCAUUUUUUUUUGCAAAGAAAGUACUUUAGUUCGUGAAAUACAUAUUCCCAUUGAAUGUCCAUUCUAUUCUAUAUCUUAUCGGUGGUUGUACUUAGUUAAGGAGGUGUCGCCACAUCACAGAUCACCUGCAAGCUUGCUUUAAAUAGCAUUUCAUCAUCCGCACGUCGUAUUUAAACUGUGUUGUGCCGUGUUACGCAGGAUAGUGUACUGUUUGUAAAAGUGUAUUUUUUAAAGUUUCCUCGAAAAUUAUACAUAGGAAUGUAAAAAGUUGCGUGAAACGUAAAAGAUGGCACCGAAAAAUAAGGUGAACACUGUGCUUGGAAAUAAAAAGAAACGGCAAAUUUCUGAGGAGGAAGAUGAUGAAGAUUAUCGAAAACGUAGGGAUAGGAAUAAUCAGGCUGUAAAACGUUCUAGAGUUAAAAGUAAGUUACGUACUCAACAAACAUUGGAACGUGUAAAUCAAUUAAAGACAGAGAAUGAAUUACUCGAGGAGAAAAUUAAAAUGCUCACCAAAGAACUAGGAUUUUUGAAAGACCUUUUUCUUGCACAUGCAGGUUCAAGUCAGCAUUCUGUGAAUUUUCAAGAUCUAGACUUGAAUGCCCUUUUAGCUGACGAUAUAAAGCCUGUACAACAGUCAAAGGAAGGAGCUAAACUAUAGGUUACAUUAAGUUCCACGUGAAGGAAGUAACGUGGUAUUGAUAAAAUCUGAGAUGAAGAUGUACUUUAGUUCGUCUAAUUCCAGCAACAAGUCAGACAUCUUGGAAAGAUGUCUGCUCCCACUUGAUUUCUACCUAGAUUGAGGAGCAUAAAAUCUUUAUACAUGGUAUUCAUUGCACUCGAAAUUUAUCAAUAUUGAAAUUCGGGAUAUCGCAGGAAAGAUUGUACAAAAUUCAAUACGCGAAUGGAUGUUGAAAAAUUACAUGAAAUGCACACAUGAAGUACAAAUCAUUUGUAACGGUGGAAGAACGGUGUAUUAUAUAUGUAAAUUUGCAUAUUGUGCAAUGAAAGAAAGACACAUUGGCGUUUGAAGUUUGAAAAAUGUAAAUUUUGUACAUAUAUUAAUUUCAUUUGACACAAAAGAAAUGAUGGGAAAAAAGCACAUUGGUGGAUAAAUACUAUAAUAUAUAUAAGAGUAUUCGCAAUGUAAAAAAAACAAAAUGAUUCCACGAAGAAAACAUUUUAACAAAGAUUUAUUAUAUAUUUGGUAUAUGCUGCCUUAAUUUGUUUAUAAAAGCACUGUUUUGAUCAUUCCAGUAUAGUAUUUUAAUUUGCUAUUUUAGACAUUUUAUGCAGUUGCAAUUUCAAUAAAAAAGCAAUACUCCAAUAAUUUAGAAGGUAAUAACAAGAAAUAAUAUAUAUAUGUAUAAUAAAUCCUUAGAA